CUCCAUGGCGUCCUGUCAAACGACGUCUGAGUAUGUGGUGGGAGAAAACCCACAGGAACAAUAACAGGACCACAACUGGUGAAAAAGACUAAGGAACUGUGUUUUUAGGCUAGGACGCGCACUGCCCCCGCAGAACGCUGUCCGCCCGGUAUAAAGGGAACGGCCAACACGAUCAUCAUCAUCAUCAUCAUCAUGGCGGUAAUCAGUGCUCCAGGAUCGCCCGGAACGAAAAACAAUCUGGAGAAGAUCCCAGAACAGAAGCACAAGGAGCAAGAAGGGAACGCCAUGCUCAAGUAGAUUGAGAAAAACGAGGAUUCAUCAUCCGAAAUCAGGACAAAAGGGUGUUUACUUCUCAUUGAAGAACAUCGGAGUUGUCGUGCCCCAUCCAUAUGGAUCCAGAGCUGCAAGAAAUCUGCCUGUCCCCCAAAUUCGGGGGUCGGCUCUUAAGAAUAAAAUUGGAACCCCCUGAUGCUGCGUGUCUACACGAACAGGGACAGGUACAGGAACAGUACCGUGUUGAAUCUCCAUCAAGAGGAAAUGGUUGCGGGGAGACAGUUGGCACGUGCCACAUCAAAGAUUCUCUGGACAACUCUUCAAACGAACGUGGGAUCAUACAGUCGAAAACGGAACCGUACAACACUGCACUUUUGGUGGUACAGGAUGAAAUGGGACACAGACAUGACUCAACGUCUCAAGUUACGGUGGCUGAGCUCGUUCACAUGCUUGCCAAAGGAAAAGUUACCGUGGCAGACAGCGUAUUAGAGGGCCGAGGAGCUGAGCAACCUAGUUCAACUAGAAAGGCUGUCUCGGAUAAAGCAGUAGCCCGUAACGUGGCCAUUUGCAGGAAAAGAAAGGUGCUGUCCCAGCAACUCAGCAGCAGCUCCGAUGAUGGUGAGGACGAUGAUGACGACUACGACGACGACUGGGUGCCAAAGAGACUCCUUCUGGAGGAGCAGCGCAAGGUGUCCGUGCUUCGCCAGAAACUUCACUCGCUGCGACAGAAGCACGAGAAGCUCCAAGUGCGCCACGAUCGCCUCGAGGAUAUCAUGCUGGGCAAGCUGGAGUCCUGGUCCACCUCAAAUGGAGGAUAUGACACUCACUUCCAGGAGGCUGCACUGCACUCGUCAACCACUCAGUUUGGCACGUUUGCAGAGCGUGAGGACCCCGUUCUUUCAACACGGAAUCCCGUUUUACCCCUGACGCACCAUCCUACAGGCCCCAACACUGCAGAAUGCAAUGCUGUCCAGGGCACAAAGACGGCAGCAGCCAUCAUUGUGCAGGCACCAGCAGUGCCAGUGCCCGAGAGGAAGACAACGAAAGGAGUGAGCUAUCAUGGAGUGAGAGAACAGCUUGGGGGGAGGGAUCAGCCGGUCAACUCCUCCUCAGCACCCGGGAAUCCUGGCAUGGAGAAUCGAGGAGGAGCAGCCGUUGCCCCAGCACUGUUUGUCGAAGUGGAUGGACAGGUCCACCUUGGCAACAAUGUCUUUGUGCCGACAUCCAAGUGGCAGUGGCUUCAGCAGCGCACGCGGGACUCCCUGUUCUGCAAGGAGGUCGCGAGAGCCAUCUGGGGAACUGCUGGCCUCAAAGGACGCAGUGUCACUGGCACCAUCUGCAGGAGGUUUGUGAACACAGACGUCGCUGCGACUGCUAAGCGGGCCCUCACACCCAGCAAGCUGGAAGCUGUCGGAAAUGCAUUCGACAAGUUCAUCGAAGAAAAUUCCUCCACAGAGACAAAGAAGCAAAGGCGGGCAAAGAUGAAUAGGUACAUUGCAGAAAUGCUACAGGACAUGAAUAAGUAAUACCAUUUUUAGCAUAUCUGUAAUAUAAUAUCGAUAUAUAAUAUAUAAUAUAAAAGUAAAAUAAUAAGACGUGGACUACAGAUUACAGGAAAGUUAACAAAACCUGACGGUGGCACUGUCGAAACGUCGACCGUUCUGUUAUAAUCUGUGUGUUAAAUUACCCAUUAAACAAAUUAGUUUUUAACAUUCCUGUAAUCUGUCGUCCACACCUUAUUAUUUUACUUUUAAUAAAUAUAUAUAUAUAUAUAUAUCUACUGUAAUAUAAUGUAUAUAUUGUCAUCUGUAUGCAGGGUGGCCCACCAACCAUGAUAGAAAUUCAUAGUAAAUAACAUGGGCAACGAGGAAGCAUGUGGUCAAGGGCUUCUUUUCUGUCAGUUUUACAUUUGCCACAUAUUGGUGCCAUUUUUAUUUCAUUUCAAUUGAUGAAAACUUGAUUUCUUCAACUGAACUCUGGAAUAUCCCAAGUCAGCCUAACGUUUUUCUUGUGGAAAUGGAUUUCUCGUAGUCAUUCUACUCAGUAUAGUACAGUCGCCGACUUGACUUUUCGGACCCCAAUUUUUCGAACAUUCUCAAUUAUUCAGUCGCGCUGAUACUUCGGACUCUGUUUGUCCAACCAGCGAAUUUCUCUCUUGGGGUGACGGAAAAUAUUGACACCAUCCGAAAUUCUUAUCAAAAUAAAUCAACCAACUAAAAUAUCGAGGAAAAAAAAUGCAAUGAUUCAAAGGCUCGAUUCAAAAUGCCCAGCACGUGCUGCCCACGCGCGAGUCGCGCGACAGCGCAUGCGUUAUGUGAAGCCGACUUGCAGAUUUGAUGGCGGCACCCCCUUUGUCAGUGCACAGUGACGAAAUGUCGCUUCGGGAAACAGAAGCUGAUCUUAUUAGGCAAGAGCUCGAAGCGUGUUAGGAGAGCAUCGACAAUUUUUUCUUCGUAACGUUUAUUUUGAAGCGAAAUCCGUCUUUUUGGACUGCUCGAUUAUUCGGACUUUUGCGCGGUCCCCGCGGAGUCUGAUAAAUUGGAAGGCGACUGUGCCUGUAACUCAACAACAUUUUCAAAAAUAAAUUGGAAAAGAAAACGUUAGGUUGACUUGGGAAUUUGGGGGGUCCGAUUCAAGAAAAUAACUUUCCAUCAAUUGAAAUUAAAUAAAAAUGCAGGAUAUGAUUUUUGGCGAAUUUAUUUCAGCAGUUGUCGUUGCGUUACCUGCCUUUUCAGGUGCUAUGCUCAGUAAAAUGACUACGGGGAAACUGAUUUCUACUAGGAAAGCAUUAGGUUGACAGUUCAGGAAAUUCGUGUAUCUGUCAAUCAAAAUGAAAGAGAAAUCAUAUCAAUGUGGCAAACUAGCCUGGCACAAAAAUCCGUUGACCACAUGUCUCUUCAUUGCCUGCAAUAUUUACUAUGAAUUUCUAUCAUGGUUGAUGGACCACCUUGCAUAUUGUCAGCUGUAUAUAAUGUAUAUAUUAAUGGAAAUAAUCCAAGAAAUUUUAUCUCUGAGAACAAGCUGGCACUUAAAUAUGUUUAAAUUGGUGUAAUGCAAUACAUAUAAGUAUUGCAAAAUGCGCAUCGUUUUGAUGUUGUGUUGUGUCACCAAAUGUAUGUGAACUGUAUGUACAUACUUUUUGUAAUACAUCUUCACACACCUGCA